CUCACUCUUGUUAUAGAAAGCACAAACUUAGCAAUUCAACUCAAUAAGUCCUAUCUUCUUCUAUUAGUUAAGCACUUAAGCUAUCAAACAUGAGGUCUUCAGUUCCACAAAAACUUACUAGUCCACUCAUUUUCCUCUUCCUCAUAUUUCUAUCCUUUAACCCUUCAUCAGCAUCCACUAAACCGAGCACGAGCACGAGUAGUACAAACUUCAUCAAAAAGUGCUGCUCCACCACCACAUACCCUACGCUUUGCUACUCCACCCUUCUCCCACACGCAUCACAAAUCCAAAACAACCCGAAACGACUCGCUACCAAGGCCCUCGUUAUAGCCCUCAUAGAGGCCAAGUCCGCGGCUCAGACCACAGCCCGGCUAUCUAAGACCGGUGCACUUAAGCCGAUGGAGAAGGCAGCCUUAUCAGACUGCACCAUGGCAGUGGGGACCUCCGCCGCCCAACUUGCACGGUCAAUCGAGAAGAUGGGCGGGGCUCCGGCUUGGACGGAGACGGAGAUGGAGGCGAGCGACGUCGAAACAUGGACAAGCACUGCCUUAACAUAUGCCGGAACAUGUAGGGAUGCUUUUGAUGGGAGUGGUACGAAUGGAAAUGUUAAGUUAAUAGUUCAACGUAAAGUUGUUAAGCUAAGUCAGUUGACUAGUAAUGCUUUGGCGCUUAUUAAGCGUUAUUAUGUUGCUGCUGCUAAAAUUGGUCAUCACCACGAAAAUCAUCCUUAAUUUUGUUGAUUUAAUUUUGCUGUAUUAUUACUUUUGAUGAUAAUUAAUUAGCUUGUUGAUGUAUAAGCCUAAAGGCAAGAAAAUAACCCCUAAAUGUAUAAAAGUUACUCUGUACUUUUUAUUUUGUAAGACAGUCAACAUUUCUAAUUUUAGCUAUAUAUUGAAUUUUCAAAAUCAUUCGUCUGUCCUACAUAUC